AUGCCAUCCAUUCGCCUAGUCUUCCUGUUUACCACUGUCCUUGUGGUUCUGAUGGCCACCGUCACCGCCAGCGCCAGAACCACGCGCUGGCCCCGACCUCAGACCACCAAAAAGCCUCCUCGAGCAGGGGCCAGUGGAGGAGGUGGUGGUGGAGGAUUUAGGCAAACCACCACUACGACCCCAACCCCUUCCAGCCACACAGACGAGACAACUGAGGUCAUGACGGAUGCCUACUCCCUGUCCCCUACAGACAGCACCACUUACUCCAAUGAAGCAUACCCUACUGAAUUUCACACUGAUGCAUUAGCACCACCUGGGAGCAACCACGGGAACUAUACCCUCGACUACAAUGAAUGCUUCUUCAACUUUUGUGAGUGCUGCCCGCCAGAGAGAGGCCCUGUAGGACCCAUGGGAGAAAUGGGCCUGCCUGGGCCACCGGGAGAGAAGGGCCUUCCAGGGGUGGCAGGGGAGAAGGGUGAGACAGGUCCCAGAGGGCCUCCAGGCGAAGCAGGGCUCGAUGGAGCCAAUGGACUAAAUGGUGACAUAGGUGACAAAGGUGAUCAAGGACCUAUGGGGCUCCCUGGCCCCCCUGGACUCAUAGGAAAGCAAGGAGAAAAAGGUGACCCAGGCCCCAAAGGAGAAAAAGGUGAACGUGGCUUGCUCGGUUUGAAAGGGGACCCGGGGGAAAGAGGAGAACCUGGACUGAAUGGGACUAAAGGCAGCCCUGGGCGAGAUGGGCUUGUGGGUCCCCCUGGGGUAACUGGGAUUAAGGGUCAGAAAGGUGAACAGGGACCAAUAGGGGAAUGUUUACCUGGUGCGAAAGGUGAUGUGGGUGAGCCUGGAGCCAUUGGACAGAAAGGUGAUAUGGGCCCCCCAGGAAUUGAGGGAGCAAAAGGGGAACCAGGAACAAAGGGGGAUUCGGGGGCUAGAGGGCCCCCAGGAGGGAGGGGCAUGAUAGGCCAGAAGGGGGAGAGAGGUCCAAAAGGUGGACGUGGGCCACGAGGCCCUAAGGGGGCACCUGGUGAGAAUGCGGAACUCAUCCGUUCUGCUUUCAGCGUUGGUUUGUUCCCCAGCAAGUCUUUCCCUCCACCAGGCCUGCCUGUGAAGUUUGAUAAGGUGUUUUACAAUGUGGAGGGGCACUGGGACCCAGAGCUCAACAAGUUCAACGUCACCCUCUCUGGAGUCUACCUUUUCACUUACCACAUCACUGUGCGGAACCGGCCCCUGCGUGCUGCCCUGGUGGUUAACGGUGUGCGGAAGCUGCGAACACGUGACUCGCUGUACGGCCAGGACAUCGAUCAGGCGUCCAACCUCGUCCUGCUGCAGCUGAGUGAAGGAGACCAAGUGUGGCUGGAGACACUGAGGGACUGGAAUGGUGUUUACUCCAGCAGUGAGGAUGACAGCACUUUCUCUGGCUUCCUGCUUUACCCUGACCCCAAGCAAGAAAUUACUGUAUGA